AUGAGUUGCUUUUCAUGUUUUUCUUCCAACGAAAAAAAAGCAUCAAAGAGGCCUAACAAUGGAAAGAGGGUACAACAACUUGCUACCCAAUCUCCCAAGGAACCAUCCCAACUAGCUCAACCAAGGCCAGAGAAUCAUAAAAAAAAGGUGCAAACAGAACCUCAAGUGAACAAAGAGGCCAACAAAGAUAAUGGAAACAAUAACAUUGCUGCCCAAACGUUCACCUUCAGGGAGUUGGCUGUUAUCACCAAGAACUUCAGGCAGGAUUGCCUAAUAGGUGAAGGGGGUUUUGGGAGGGUUUAUAGAGGAAGGCUAGAAAAAACCAACCAGGAUGUAGCUGUGAAGCAACUUGACAGGAAUGGAUUGCAAGGGAACAGAGAGUUUCUUGUUGAAGUUUUAAUGUUGAGCCUCUUGCACCAUCAAAAUCUAGUGAAUUUAAUUGGAUAUUGUGCUGAUGGAGAUCAAAGAUUAUUGGUAUAUGAGUACAUGUCAUUAGGAUCUCUUGAGGACCAUUUGCUUGAUCUCCAGCCACAUGAAAAGCCUCUAGAUUGGUUAACCAGAAUGAAAAUAGCUUUGGAUGCUGCAAAAGGUCUAGAAUAUUUGCAUGACAAGGCCAAUCCACCAGUCAUAUACCGUGAUUUAAAAUCCUCUAACAUCUUGCUAGACAAAGAUUUCAAUGCAAAACUCUCUGAUUUUGGACUAGCAAAGUUGGGACCUACAGGGGACAAGUCUCAUGUCUCAUCUAGAGUAAUGGGCACUUAUGGAUAUUGUGCACCUGAGUAUCAAAGAACUGGUCAACUAACUGUAAAAUCAGAUGUAUACAGCUUUGGAGUUGUUCUACUUGAAUUGAUCACUGGAAGGAGAGCCAUUGAUAACACAAGAACAACAAGGGAGCAAAAUUUAGUUUCAUGGGCAUAUCCAGUAUUCAAGGACCCUCAUAGAUACUCAGAAUUAGCAGAUCCCAUUCUUCAAGGAAACUAUCCAAUAAGAUCAUUGCAUCAAGCAGUGGCAGUAGCAGCCAUGUGUCUCAAUGAGGAGUCAUCAGUGAGACCCUUGAUCAGUGAUGUUGUCACAGCUCUUAGUUUCCUUGGUACAAUUCCUGGGAGUCAAGACCCCGCACUAACUGCACCAAUUGACAUGCCCUCCCCACCACAAGACAAAGAAGCCAAUAAUAAUGCCACUUUGAAUCUUCUUGAUGAUGAUAGUGUCAUGGAACGCCAAAGAGCAGUUGCUGAAGCAAUUGAAUGGGGUUCAAAUACUAGGAAGAAAGCACAUCAGCAUGAAAGCUGA